ACUGCAUAGAAAAUCUAAUGGAUGAAGAUGAGAAAGACAGGGCAAAGAGAGCUUCUCGAAAUAAGUCUGAGAAGAAGCGUCGGGACCAGUUCAAUGUUCUCAUCAAAGAGCUUAGCUCCAUGCUCCCUGGAAACACACGGAAAAUGGAUAAAACCACCGUGCUAGAAAAGGUCAUUGGAUUUUUGCAGAAGCACAAUGAGGUCUCAGCGCAAACGGAAAUCUGUGACAUUCAGCAAGACUGGAAGCCCUCAUUCCUCAGCAAUGAAGAAUUCACUCAGCUGAUGUUGGAGGCACUAGAUGGCUUCAUUAUCGCAGUGACAACCGAUGGCAGUAUCAUCUAUGUCUCUGACAGUAUCACGCCUCUCCUUGGGCAUUUACCGUCAGAUGUCAUGGAUCAGAACUUGUUAAAUUUCCUUCCAGAACAAGAACAUUCCGAAGUUUAUAAAAUGCUUUCUUCCCAUAUGCUUGUGACGGAUCCCCCCUCCCCAGAGUAUUUAAAAUCUGACAACGAUUUAGAGUUUUAUUGCCAUCUUCUCCGAGGCAGCUUGAACCCAAAGGAAUUUCCAACUUAUGAAUACAUAAAAUUCGUAGGAAAUUUUCGCUCCUACAACAAUGUGCCUAGCCCCUCCUGCAAUGGCUUUGACAGCACCCUGUCGAGACCUUGCCGGGUGCCACUAGGGAAGGAAGUCUGCUUCAUCGCCACCGUCCGUCUGGCAACACCGCAGUUUUUAAAGGAAAUGUGCAUAGUCGACGAACCUUUAGAGGAAUUCACUUCGCGGCAUAGCUUGGAAUGGAAGUUUUUAUUUUUGGAUCACAGAGCCCCGCCCAUUAUAGGAUACCUGCCUUUCGAAGUGCUGGGGACCUCGGGCUACGACUACUACCACAUCGACGACCUGGAGCUCCUGGCCAGGUGCCACCAGCACUUGAUGCAGUUUGGCAAAGGGAAGUCGUGUUGCUACCGGUUCCUGACCAAAGGCCAGCAGUGGAUCUGGCUGCAGACCCACUACUACAUCACCUACCACCAGUGGAACUCCAAGCCCGAGUUCAUCGUGUGCACGCACUCGGUGGUCAGUUACGCAGAUGUUCGAGUGGAGAGGAGGCAGGAGCUGGCUUUGGAAGACCCACCAUCCGAGGCCAUCCACCCCUCAGCACUAAAGGACAAGGGCUCAAGCCUGGAACCUCAGCCGCACUUCAAUGCACUUGACGUGGGCGCCUCAGGCCUUACCACCACUCACUCGCCGUCAGCGUCCUCAAGGAGUUCCCACAAAUCCUCGCCCACAGCCAUGUCAGAACCCAACUGCUGACGGCAGAGGCCAGCACCACAGCUUUGCCAAGAUCGGCCACCCUGCCCCAAGAGCUACCGGUGCCUGGGCUCAGCCAGACAGCCACGAUGCCGGCUCCUCUGCCGUCCCCGUCAUCCUGUGACCUCACCCCACAGCUCCUGCCUCAGACCAUUCUGCAGAGCCCACCUGUUCCUAUGGCACAGUUUUCGGCCCAGUUCAGCAUGUUCCAGGCCAUCAAAGACCAGCUGGAGCAGCGGACGCGGAUCCUGCAGGCCAACAUCCGGUGGCAGCAGGAAGAGCUGCACAAGAUCCAGGAGCAGCUCUGCCUGGUCCAGGACUCCAGCGUCCAGAUUUUCACGCAGCAGCCAGUGUCCCUGAGCUUCAGCAGCGCUCCGCGGCCCGCGGCACAGCAGCAGCUGCAGCAAAGGUCGGCUGCCGCGUCCCAACCCCAGCUCGUGGCGAGCCCCCGACUUCCAGAGCCGAUGGCCUCCACCCAGGUCGCAAGCCAGCACCUGCUCAGAGAGUCCGGCGUGAUAGCAGCCCAGGGCCCAAAGCUGCUGAGGAGCUCACAGGUGAUGCAGGGGGGCAGCCGCACGCUGAGCAGCUUGACGUCCCCAUUCAGCAGCGCCACGGCUGUGCUUCCCCCAACUCUGAGUCUGACCACGCCCGCCUCCGCCCCCCAGGAUGCCAGCCAGUGCCAGCCCAGCCCAGACUUCAGCCAUGACCGGCAGCUCAGGCUGUUGCUGAGCCAGCCCAUCCAGCCCAUGAUGCCUGGGGCCUGUGAGGCACGGCAGCCCUCGGAGGGCGGCAGGACCAGUCGGCAAGUCAAGUAUCCACAGAGUCAAGCUAUAUUUCACAAUCCAGAUGUGCAUCCCGCUAGCAGCAGCGCCUCAACUCCUGUUCUGCUGAUGGGGCAGGCCGUGCAUCACCCCAGUUUCCCCACCUCCCAGCCAUCAUCCCUGCAGCCCGCACAAGCCCAGCAGCAGCAACCACAGCAUUACCUGCAGGUCCAGGCGCCAACACCCUUGCACGGUGAGCAGCAGGACUCGCUACUUCUCUCCACCUACUCACAGCAGCCAGGGACCCUGGCCUACGCACCCCCGCCCCCCUCGCAGCCCCAGCCCCCACGCCCUUCCCGAAGGGUCAGCAGUCUGUCUGAGCCGUCCAACCUCCAGCAGCCGCCCCGGUAGUGCCCUGGCCCUGCAGUCGGGACAAUCAGCUUUAACCAAUGGACGAGGGGGCAGCCUGGGAGACGGGGAGAGGAGUGCGAAUGGGACCCUUGGUGCUGGCGCACACGGUGUACAUUUCGGGCCUCCUGAUGGUCGCCAGCUCCGGAGUGCAGCGGCUGCCACAGUGGGAAACGGGCAGGGACACUGGUCACAUUCCUCCGGUCUCCAAGGUUCUCGGGAACACUCUACAGCCAUACUGGACGGGAACUGAGUGCCCCGUGCCACAUCCUCACUCAUAGACCUUCGGAGAUGGAGUAUCGCGCAGCACCCGGCCCGAGAGCGCACGGUCUCUCUAGCCCACUGUGGCCCGUCCACACGUGCUAG